AGGAAAAGGAAAUAGCAGCCCCUUGAAUCUCUUCAUAUCCCCCUUUUCUUUCUUUUUUUCCUUUUGAUUAAUUCUAUCUUUGAGACGUUGAUUCUUUCUAUUGGUAGCAGAAAGCUCAAAAGCAGAGAAUAAGAAUGUUCACUGAAGGUCUGGAUGAAUCCGCCAUUAACUGGAUCAAGCGGGGAUCAGAUGCAGAAGAAUCUCAACCUAAAGUUCGAUCUCCGCUAUCCCCGUUAUCAGCAGAGAAGCUAUCACCACCACCACCACCAGCAGAAAACCCAUUUCCGAAAUCUCCACUUUUCUACAAUAGCUCUUCCCAUUUAUUGCCUCCGCUUAAAUUCCAUUCUGGGUUACUGACCCCUCACAGUAUAGUCUCUCCGUGCCUUCAGAACAAAGAAGAAGACGACGAUAUUGUGAGCGUGGCUUCAGUUUCUGAUUACGAGAUUGGUCGUCGAAACUACACUGAUGAGGAUGGUUUUGAGGAUAUAGGUCCUUCUGAUUUUGAUUACCUGGAGAAGCCUGUGAUGCAAAGUUAUCAGGAUGGAGAUGAGGAGGAGAUUUUUGGGGUUACUAGAAAUUGGCCUACUGCUAAAACCAAGUUGAAUAGAGGGGUUUUGAAGGAGGAUUUGAAGAUUGAAUUGCCUGGUCACUUUAGAAGGCUUAAGAGUACCACUCAAGUUGAUGGUGAUCUAGGGUUUAGAAAAUCUGGAACACCCAAGAAGAAUUCGGUGGGCCCGGGUGGUAGUUUUUCGCUUCGAGAGAGAGUUCAGCUACGCAAUGCACAAGUGGAUAAUUUUAGCAAUGAAGCAAAUGUAUUUAGACCGGUGGAGGAGAUGGGGACUCCAAGUGCUCCUCCAAUAAUUGAAAUUGGAGGAGAAGAAGGGAAUGUUACGUUUGACACAGAAAUUGAGCAAAAUGCGUAUGGAGUUGGCAAGCCAAGAGAAUCAGGGGAAGGUUUAUUUGAUCAAACAUCACAAUCUAUGCAAAGUACCGAAUGUGAUGAAAGAAUAAAUAGCUUUAUGACUGGAGAAAUGGAAGGAAAGAUGCCUUAUUGGCAGACAAGUUCAUCAGACCGUUCACCUUGUUAUAACACGGGUGGUCAAUAUGCGUGGCAAACUAUGAUUGCUUAUGAUGCAUGUAUCCGCUUAUGUCUAUAUGCCUGGGCUAGAGGUCGCACUGAGGCUCCCGAGUUUCUGCGUGAUGAGUGUCUGAUUCUUCGAAGUGCUUUUGGACUACACAAAUUUUUGUUGCAACCACGCCGUAUACAACCUGUAGCAGUCAACUCAACUAAAAUUGCAGAACAAACAUGCCCUUUGAAGGCAAAAAAGGUUGUUGGGAAGAUAAGAGUUGAAGUAAAGAAACUCCGGAUAAUACCAAGGCGGAAACUUAUGAGCACUUACUCUCAGCGUAGUGCAAUCUACAUGCAAAUGGGGAAAGAGUAUGUCCAGCAUGUUUCAUCGCUAGUGAAAACUGGCAUGAAUUCUCUUAAAAUAGCUUCCUUUCCAGUGCCAACAGAAGAGAAACUUACAUGCUUAUUCCAACUGAAGAGUACUACUGAAAAUUCUCAAGUUGAACCAGGUUCUGCUAUUUGUUUGCACCCAGGAAGUGGGGAUUACCACAUCUUUUUUCCAGAAAGUGAAGGGGAAGCACUUUUGGUAGAGGUACAAGAUACAAAAAAGUCACUCCAAGGCAGAGCUACAAUUGCUAUUUCAUCUUUCAAUGAUAAUCCUAGUGAUAGAGUUCGAUGGUGGCCCUUAUACCAUGAAGAUCAAGAAUGUGUUAGGAAGAUACAACUCGUCAUUGGCAGUACUAUUACACAGGAUGAGACUAAUAAUAUUAAGAGUGGUCCUGUUGUGGAAACAAUAGCUUAUGAUCUACUACUGGAGGCUGCUAUGCACGCACAGCUUUUUCAUUCUCGAAAUUUGAGAUUACAUGGAUCUUGGAAGUGGCUGUUGAUUGAAUUUGCAGAUUAUUAUGGAGUUUCUGAUUCAUAUACAAAAUUGAGAUAUCUUUCACGGGUCAUGGAUGUGGCCCUUCCAAAGAAAGACUGCUUGGAGCUUGUCAAUGAGUUACUUGUACCCAUUAUGAAGGCCAGGAGUGAGAAGAGUUUAACAGUGCAAGAGAAAAGUAUAUUUUUAGAUUGUGAAACACGAAUUGAGAGUCUCUUGGCACAAGUUUUUGAGAACUACAAAUCACUGGAUGAAAACUCACCCACAGGGUUGGCAGACCUGUUCAACCCGAUGCAAGAGUCUGCAGCACCAGCUCUGGGAGAAGCUGUUAAAGUCUACACCCUACUCCAUGACAUACUAUCUCAUGAUGCGCAGACUAUGCUGAGGAACUAUUUGCAGGUGCAAGCUAGUCGAAGCACACGACUAAAAAGAAUUUUGGAGGACAUAAGGGAAGAAGAUGGAGAGGCAGAGGUCCGUGAAAGAAUGCAGAUUCUAAGUUCACAGCUCAUUGAUUGUAUAUCCAAUUUGCAUGAUGUUUUUGCUAGCCGGAUAUUUGUCGCAACAUGUCGUGGAUUCUGGGAUAGGAUGGGAGAGAUCGUUUUGAAGUUUCUUGAGAGCAGGAAGGAAAACAAAGUGUGGUAUAAUGGUUCCUGCUAUGCACUUGGGAUACUGGAUGACACAUUUGCUUCGCAAAUGCAGCGACUGCUAGGAAACUCACUUCAAGAGAAGGAUCUAGAGCCCCCUCGCUCUGUAAUUGAAGCUCGAUCUAUUCUUUGCAGAGACACAGCGAAUGCAACAGAGACAUCUACCUACUUCUAUGUUUAGCGGUUGAAACAUCUGUACAGCAGCAGCAGCAGGGCAACAAACCUUUCAAUGUCAGUUUUUGUGGUGAUCUUAUAUUCAAGUACUGUGGUUUACCUUAAACUAUACAGAGACCACACUAGUCGGCAUGCAAGUGCAUAUUCUUUUGUUCGUUAGUAACUUGAGCUAUAUCCCCAGAUAGGUUGUAUAUCUUUUUUGCUUGAUAGAAUAAAGGCAAUAGAAUCCUCA